AUGCCAUCGCUGUGGGAGAAGCACUCACAACCUGGGGUAGUUUCCACUCAACAUCUGGUGAUUGCAAGCCACUCCUCUGUAUCCCAAGUGAAGACAGACUUGGAGGGGAUCUCAGACCAAAAGGAGAAGACCAGCAAGGAGGAGAUGCAUCACAUAGAGUCCUUGAGCAGGCAAGGCAGCCUGGACUCCAACAGAGAGGAUGGCAGAGGCAGUCUCAUCUUGACCCUUACACUCUACAAUGUGAAGAAGAUUGAGGUCACUAGGGCAGCCAGAGUCUUUGCGGCAUUUGAAACUCAGAUCCGUCACUUUGAAACCAGACGAGCCAAAAAGCCCGAGAACUCUGCUGACCAUCUUGAAAUUUUUGUUGAAUGUGAAGUUCACAGUGCUCAUGUUAGUAUCCUUAUCACCUCCUUAAAGAGAGUAGCAGAGGACGUGAAAACUACCAGAGAAGAGAAAGUGCCCUGGUUCCCCAGAAAAAUCCAAGAUCUGGACAAGUGUCACCAUUUGAUCUCUAAGUAUGAUCCCAGUUUGUAUCAUGGUCGCCCUGGAUAUGCUGACCUGGAGUAUGAGAAACAGAGGGCAUUCUUUGCUGACCUUGCCCUUAGUUACAGAGCAGGAGACCCUUUGCCUCACAUCGAGUACACAGAGCAGGAGAUUGCAACUUGGAGAGAAGUAUACAGGAAGCUGAGCAGCCUUUAUCCUACUCAUGCCUGUACGCAGUACUUGGUUGCUUUCCAGCAGCUGGAGAAAUACUGUGGCUACCAAGAGGAUAACAUCCCUCAACUUCAGGAUGUCUCCAGAUUUUUAAAAGAGAGAACAGGCUUCCAGCUGAGACCAGCUGCAGGACUGCUGUCUGCUCGUGACUUCCUUGCCAGCCUGGCAUUUCGUGUCUUCCAGAGCACUCAGUAUAUAAGGCAUUUCUCUUCUCCUAUGCAUUCCCCAGAACCAGACUGCUGCCAUGAGUUGUUGGGUCAUGUUCCCAUGCUAGCUGACAAGGAGUUUGCCCAGUUCUCACAGGAUAUUGGACUGGCUUCUCUUGGAUCAUCUGAAGCGGAGAUUGAGAAACUAGCCACACUUUAUUGGUUCACUGUCGAAUUUGGUCUCUGCAAGCAAAAAUGAUUGAUCAAAGCUUACGGGGCAGGACUGCUUUCGUCUUAUGGGGAGCUUACGUACGCUUUAUCAAACAAGCCAGCGUACAAGCCUUUUGAUCCAGAAGUGGCUGCAGUUCACCCCUAUCAGGAUCAAGCCUUCCAACCUGUCUAUUUUAUAGCAGAAAGUUUGGAAGAUGCCAAGGCCAAGCUUCAAAACUAUGUGAUGAAGCUCAAGAAGCCAUUUUCUCUGCUCUUUGACCCCUUCACCAGCAGCAUAGAAGUUACAAACACGCCUCAGAAAGUCAAGAGGGCACUUGAUCAGAUGAAAAAGGAACUGAAAUACCUCAGUUUGACCCUUGAAAACCUCUCUUAA